UCACCUCUCCUCCAGAUGGACCCCAAGUGCUCCUGCCCCACUGGCGGCUCCUGCACCUGCAAAGCCUGCAGAUGCACCUCCUGCAAGAAGAGCUGCUGCUCCUGCUGCCCCGUGGGCUGCGCCAAGUGUGCCCAGGGCUGCGUCUGCAAAGGGGCCUCGGACAAGUGCAGCUGCUGUGCCUGAUGUCGCGGAGAGCCUGCCCCGGGUGUCAACAGAGCAACCAGGACGAACCUGCAUUUUACCGUUUUUCAUACAACCGGACCUGACGCUACAUUCCUUUUUCUAUGAAAUAUUGAGUUGUAAUAA